UUGGUCAGUUGUCUAAAGGCAUCGCGCUUGGAAACGAUCUGAUUGGUUAGUUGUGAAAAGGAGACAAAUUUGAAAAUAAAAAUCGUUCAUCAUAAACGCUAUCUACACAUGUAAAAUUAAAGUUCCGUUCAUAAGUGAAAUCUUGAAAAUCUUUGAGUUUUGAGGCAAAAGAAAUAAUUGAAUUUGUUUACUGGAUCAUCUUGUUUCUAUAUUUGAACUUUACUUUUUCUCAAUCCUAUUUCAAAUACCUAAACUAAAAAAUUUUUUUGGCGCAAAUCUAUUGACAGUACUCGCCGACUUGUUUGUUAAAAUCGACAAAAAAUGACUCUCGACAUUACAGAUAAGUAUUUCAACCAACACAACAAGAAAAUGUGGUUCAGAAAGAACAUCGAUUCGUCCAACUUCAAGAAACCUAUCUUGACUAGUACACCUCUAGAUGUACCGAGUAGUAAAUAUUUUGAUGACAGUGGUUACGUUAGUCCUCCCUGCAACACAAUAACCCCAUUAAAUUUAAAUGAGCGCUUCGGUCAAGAACCAGUGUCGAUUGAGAAAUUUGAGGUGUCCCUUGACCACGAAUACCAGGACGUUCCUCAGAACCGGCUUGAUUGGCAAGAAGCUGAAGAGGAGGAUGUACUCGGUAAAAAACAACUACGAAGAUCUCUUAAUGCAGUUUCUCAGAAACGUGUGAACACUGAAAAUAUCACAAUAUUGAGGAAAAGCUUCGAUUGUUCAAAUAUUAUUGGCAAAAGGAUAGGUAGGAAAAAUUGUGAUAUUGUUUCUGGAUUGGAUCAAAGAAACAUUUCUGCAUUUCUUACAAAGUUAGUAGGCUAUCUGUCUCCUGAAGAUAUACACAGCAUAUAUUAUGUCAGUAAACGGUGGCAGGUCGUUUGUGAUAAAAUCUCUCAAGCACAGAUUAAGUUAAAACAGUUUCAAGCAACGAGGAGAUUAGCUGCAAUUGAAAAUAAGGAAAACUUCAACCGCAAAUGUGAAACCAAUGUUCAGAAAACGACGUUCACAAAAUCUGAAUUGUUUCUUCAACUUGCUGCCUCUUUACAAAACGACCAGCAUCUUCAGAAGUGUCCAAAAUGUCAGCACCCAGCCAAAGUUCAUCCUGUUGCCGACAAAGGCGUUUGUACAAACAAUGCUUGUGAUCACCAAUACUGCUCAAAAUGUCUGGCUAAUUAUCAUGGUUCAGCAUCUUGUGUUCUCAUAGGUGUCAAACGGUUACCGAAAGAAAUUCUCAAUACCAAAAAAGCCAAAAAGUUUCUAAAGCGGCUAUGAGACCAAAAAUGUGGAAGGCAGAAUAUAAAUCUUAAAGAUAAAAUUAAAAAAAGUCCACAACUACUGGAGAACAAAGUGGAUGGUGCUGUCCCAAAAGACAGCCACAACAUAUCUGGCUUUGCUGCUUCUGUGAGAUUUCGGAUAUUCUAGUGGCAAGGAGAUUGCAAGCAUUGGCGAUCUUUUUUUUUAAUUAUCCUUUCUCAUCCUUGAAAUCUACCUCACAGUAUUUGGAUGAUCUCAGUGAAAGGAAAAUAACCAAAUCAUCUGGAUUAGCAACUUUGGAAGACUAUCAGAAUAGUCAUGCUAAAAUGGACUUUUAAAAUUGAUCUCCGUCUCUGCACACACACGCAUUCCUCAUUCUAUGAACAAAAUCUAUUGACUAAAAGUAAUCUGUGACUGUGAUAUGUAUAUAAGAUUCCUUUUCUAUGUGAAUUCCUUGUCUUUUAUCUAAAGUUCUGAUUUCCUUCAUAUUUAUAUAAAGCCACAUGAUGGUUAAUAAAUAAAACAAAAGUGCUAUUAUAAACUGAUCUCUCUUAACUGGUAGUAUUAUUGGAACAGCUAAUCCAGUAAGAGCAUUUUCAGAAAUAUAAAAGUAUUUCAAAAUUUAAUUAGUAUUUUAUAUAAUGUGACUGAUUAGGUCUUCAUAGUCAUUUUAUUGGGUAGAUAAAGUGUAAUCUACCUAAGUCUAUUAACACAGCAGAGACCAGGGUAAACAUGACUUUAAUGCAGUAUUUAUUAUUUUUGUGUUUGUAUCUCGUAUAUUUGUGUCUGUGCUUGUGACCACAUCUGAGUGCAAUAUUUGAGGUGAUUAUUGUCUUAGAUCACCAAGUGUCUUUGAAGUGAAUGUAUUUUAAGUGUGCAUGAAUUCUUUGAUUGUGGCUUCAAGUAUUAAAGAAAAUAUUUGCAUUAAAACAUGAUUGGAUUUUUCACAUAAUUUUGGACGUAUUUAAUCAUCAAUGUUAAAUAUGUGCAUAUUUCUUUUAGGACUUUGUGAUAAAUCCAAAAGAUCAUCUACCCUCAUGAACUUUCUAAUGAAGCCUAUUGUUUCAAACUUUACAGAGAAAUAAUAAAAAUUUUACAAUUGG